AUGAAGACACAAAGCGGAACAAACAUCCUUCAGCUGUCUUUCCUGGAAUCUCCAGAGGCAGGAGUAACCUCCAUGCGCAUCCGCCAUUGCGGUGGGCUUGAGGGAAGGAAUCAGCCACUGCUACAUGACCAGAGGAACUUGAAAAAUUCUGAUAACCAUGAUGUUAUCUUGAGAAGCCAGAUAUCCUCGGGCUUGCUAGUAUUUCUUGAUGCCGUUGGAAGAAGAACGAUUGACUGCUCAUACACAAAGCAGUUAGUUAUCUUACCCCUUGGUUUCAGAAAAUUUGACUCCUCUAACAGAUAUAUUUGA